CUGAAAUAAGAGGCGGUACGAAAACUGGAGCUGCGUUUUUCGAGUAACCAGUGAAACCUGCCUCUGUUUUCCGCUUGUUGCUUUCUGUUUAAGCUCGGCGGAGGAGAAAGCUCGAGCUGAAAGAUGCCGGACUCUAAAAAAUUCUUCGAGAAUCUCUCCGGAGCCGGGAAGUGUAUCGGCGUGCUGACCAGCGGCGGGGAUGCUCAAGGAAUGAAUGCAGCAGUAAGGGCUGUGGUCAGGAUGGGGAUUUAUGUUAGAGCCAAAGUCUAUUUUAUCCAUGAGGGUUACCAGGGUAUGGUGGAUGGAGGUGACAACAUCAAGGAGGCCACAUGGGAGAGCGUCUCCAGCAUGCUGCAACUGGGUGGUACAGUGAUUGGCAGCGCUCGCUGUAAAGAAUUCCGCACGCACGAGGGCCGUCUAAGAGCUGCUCUGAACCUGGUGCGGCUCGGAAUCACAAACCUGUGCGUGAUUGGAGGAGACGGCAGUCUGACCGGGGCUAAUCUCUUCAGAACGGAAUGGAGUGGCCUGUUGGAGGAGCUGGUGCAGACAGGUCAGAUAGAUGAGCAGGCAGCUGUCACACACUCUGCGCUGCACAUUGUGGGCAUGGUGGGAUCCAUAGACAACGACUUCUGUGGCACCGACAUGACCAUCGGUACAGACUCCGCUCUGCACAGGAUCAUAGAGGUGGUGGACGCAAUAAUGACCACAGCACAGAGCCAUCAGAGAACGUUCGUCCUGGAGGUGAUGGGGAGACAUUGCGGGUAUCUAGCACUGGUCAGUGCUUUAGCAUGUGGUGCUGACUGGGUGCUGAUUCCUGAACUUCCUCCAGAGGAUGGCUGGGAAGAGCAGAUGUGUCAGAAACUGUCAGAGAGUCGGUUGCGUGGUUCUCGUCUGAACAUAAUCAUAGUGGCAGAAGGAGCCAUAGACAGACACGGCAAGCCCAUCACUUCCGAUGCAGUCAAAGACCUGGUGGUGCGCUCUCUGGGCUUUGAUACACGCGUGACCAUCCUGGGUCACGUGCAGAGAGGGGGGACGCCUUCUGCCUUCGACAGAAUCCUGGCCAGUAGAAUGGGGGUGGAGGCAGUGUUAGCUCUGCUGGAAGCAUCUCCAGAUACUCCAGCCUGUGUGGUGUCUCUGCGUGGAAAUCAGGCCAUUAGGCUGCCACUCAUGGAGUGUGUGCAAAUGACUCAGCAAGUUCAAAAGGCUAUGGAUGAGAAGAACUUUGAGGAAGCAGUGAAAUUACGUGGAAGGAGUUUUGAAAACAAUCUGAACACCUACAAGCUGCUCUCCUAUCGCAAACCAGACUCAGAAGUCUCCAAGAGCUCCUUCAACGUGGCUGUGUUAAAUGUGGGAGCUCCUGCUGCGGGUAUGAACGCGGCUGUCCGUUCUGCAGUCAGGGUGGGCAUCACUGAAGGUCACACCAUGUUUGCAGUUCAAGAUGGCUUUGAGGGCUUCAGCAAAGGCCAGAUAAACGAGAUCAAAUGGGGGGAUGUUGGAGGUUGGACCGGUCAGGGUGGGUCCCUUCUUGGAACGAAAAGAACUCUCCCAGCCAAUCAUUUAAAUAAAAUUGCUGAACAGAUGAGAAUUCAUAACAUCAAUGCAUUACUGGUAAUUGGAGGAUUUGAGGCGUAUCUAGGUCUGCUGGAGCUGUUAGCCGCUCGCUCCAAACACCCUGAGCUUUGCGUUCCCAUGGUGAUGGUUCCCUCCACCGUCUCCAACAACAUCCCCGGCUCGGACCUGAGCAUCGGGGCUGACACUGCUCUCAAUGCCAUCACUAACACAUGUGAUCGUAUAAAGCAGUCUGCGAGUGGUACAAAGAGGCGUGUGUUCAUCAUUGAAACUAUGGGUGGUUACUGUGGUUAUCUGGCAACCGUGGGUGCGCUGGCUGCCGGAGCUGAUGCUGCGUACAUUUAUGAAGAACCGUUUACUAUCAGAGACCUGCAGACCAACGUAGAGCAUUUGACGGAGAAGAUGAAGACCGGCAUCCAGAGAGGCCUAGUACUGAGGAACGAGAGCUGUAAUGAGAACUUCACUACAGACUUUAUCUACCAGCUUUACUCAGAAGAGGGCAAAGGAGUGUUUGACUGCAGGAAGAAUGUUCUAGGACACAUGCAGCAGGGAGGAGCUCCAUCUCCAUUUGACAGGAAUUUUGGGACAAAGAUUGCAGCGAAAGCUAUACAGUGGAUCUCCAAGAAACUAAAGGAGUUCUAUGUAGAGGGGCGUGUAUUUGCCAACACUGAGGACUCUGCAUGUUUACUGGGAAUGCGGCGUAGAGCUUUGGUCUUCCAGCCUGUGACAGAGCUAAAAGAAGAGAGUGACUUUGUGCACAGGAUCCCUAAGGAGCAGUGGUGGCUGAAGCUCCGCCCUCUCAUGAAGAUUCUGGCCAAGUACAAGACCAGCUACGACGUGUCUGACUCCGGCCAGAUGGAGCACGUGUUUGGUCUGAGGACCAAAGAGGAAAAUGAGGUGGCCAAAGAGGCAGAGGAAGAGUGAGAGAAGAAAAGAGAGAGAAAGAGAGAGAGAGAGAAUGUGAGGAGAAUGUACUUUGUGAACAUGAACAUACAUAGCAAUUUCACAGCAAUGUAUUGUUGAGUGCGUAGGUGUAGUUUUGCCUCCUGAAUACCUCCAGUCAGACCCUGCUGCCACUGAUGUACUGCCGCGGAAAUCCUCUUCACUUACACCAGUUAAAGCUUAGAGUGCAGGGGUGGACAGUGUACCAGAUCUUUACUUGAAUAAAGGUAGAUUAAUGGGCUGUGCUAGACCUUGUCUGAGAUAAUUAAGUCGUAAGUUACAAUAGAUAAUAUUAUCAGAACUAAAUAAUACCUCAAAAUACAGAAUCAGUUUUGUGCAUUUUAGAUUAAAUACUAAAUUCAUUCAAACUAUGAAGAAAAACAUAUGGAAAAACAAUUAUUUAGUAAAAAAUUUUUUUUACUAAAUAAUAUGUUUUAUAUUUUAGCUCAUCUUGCUAAAAUGUCUUUCAGUUAACAGCUGUGCUGAACCCAUCAAGAGUUAAUUAAUGUGUUUGAGAGCAUCAGUUGUAAAGUUGUGAAGAGGUAGAGUUACAGGAAUACAUUGAAUAACUCUAUUUGAAUAAUGUUCUAAUACAUAUUAUGGUAAGAACUAAGUAAAGUAAAAAAUACUGAAAUGAAAUGAAGGUCUGACAAUCUGAAAAACGCCAAGAACGUCAAGAAAGUAUCCUUAAGUGCAGUCGCAAAGACCAUGAAAAACAAUAUGAUGAAACUGGCUCUCAUCAGGACCGCCCCAGGAAAGUAAGAGCAAGAGUUUCCUCUGUUACACAGGAUAAGAUAUCAGAGUUACCAGCCUCAGAAACCACAAGUUAACAGUUCCCCAGAUAAGAGUCAUUAUUAAUGAGUAUUAUUUUAAUUUGUUUUACACUUACUUAAGUUCAUACAUGAUUUGUUAUGUGUUCCUUUAUAGUCUGGAUCACCUCAGUAUUUAUUUACAAUGCAGGAAAAAAAAGCCUUUUGACUGGUACGGUAGUACCAGUGACAAACUUAUAAAUAAAUGAAUUCUACGCUACUAAGUAAAAAUCUCAGAUAUUGUGUAAGGUUAGUUGUUAUUAAGGAUUGGCCUGUGACAAUAAUUUUUUUAUCAACAUAUAAUUCCAUAUAUUGACGUAAAUAACCACAAACAUUCUUCUUGACCUUAAUAUUUCCCAUUUUGUUUUUAAUAGGAUAUUAAAAGAUAUAUACAGCUCUGGAAAAAAGAGACUACUUAAAUAUGAUGAGUUUCUUUGAUUUUUGAUUUUACCAAACUGAAACCUUUGCACCAGGAGAGCAUUAAGUUAUCCAAUUAUAGCCCAGUUUCACAGUUAUAGCCCACUCGCACAUUUGUGUAAUGUAACCUACUGAAAGACGUUCGCUGAGCCAUCGCUGACUGAUCUUCAAUGAGUCGAAGAUGCCCAGCAAAUAUUUGUCAUGCUAGAUAUCUGACCCAGUCGGUGACUUGGAGCCAGGAAAAGCAGCUACCCACAGCCAAUAGGAUCCCAGAAAGAGAGAACCACGGGUCCAAAACACCUCCUGCAUUACCAGAGCUGUUUAUAGAGAGUCUGACCACUUUCUGUCCCCCUGUUAGAUCAGUAAAUGACUGUUAAACUCUAGAGGAAGCCCGUGAAUAAGUCCUCUAUGAAUGGGAGUGAAUGGAGAUAAAAGAUAAAGUAGUUAAAAGAUAAAAACUUAAAUUUGAGUAUUCCUUUAAUUUUAGAAAGUAGAAUAAUGUGUUUUACUAAAAAAGCAAAAAAGCAUGCCUGCAUUUUUCCAUUUUUCUACAGUAAACAAGUUUUUCACACUAAAGACGCUGCAUCUCUGCUACUGUGAGCUGUUUGGUUGGCGAGCUGAUGCUGGAGAUGGUUUAUGACUUUAAAAAAAGUCAAAAAAGAGAGUUGUGAGGUGAAUCAGCUGUUUCCCACAGUGAGAAAAUCGUGUAAUUUGUGAAUUGUGAUUCGCCGAUCAGUCAUUUAGUGUGAAAAUCUCAGCAACUGAAGUACUCACAAUCACAGCACAACCAGCCAUGUAGUGUGAACUGCUAAAAAACUGUUGACUGACGACUGAAAAAGUCAUGUAGUGUGAACAUUAGUGGCAUUAGUGUUGAGAGCAUGUAUAUGUGAACUGGUAUAAGUCAUAAUGAGUAGGUGGGUUAAUUGGCUAAAUUUAAAUGAAUAAAUAUAUCAAUAAAUACUGUUAAAUAACUUUAAAAAGGAUUAAUAUAUAAUAUAUUCAGGUUCAUUGUUUUUUUUUAUGUAUAUCAUUUUACUCAAGUAAAGAAGGAUUGUACAUUCUCCACCCCUGCAUGUGAAUUAGUUAAGCUCCGCCCCUGAACACACCUGCAGGUGUAGCAUAAAUGUUGUUUUUCCUUGUAGGAAAAAAGGGUAAAUUGUCUGUGUGAAGAAACGAUCAGUAGUAAGUCUGCUGCUUUUCUCUGUGAAGUCGUGUGUGUGGGUUUAGGUGUGUAAUUUGCACAGACUGCGGUCCAGUUUCCCCCUGCACUUUGAUAUUUGUGUGGUGUUGCGUUAAAACUGUGUCGAGUCGGCCUGAAUCCGUGUGCUAGUGCUCUGCACCAAAGCUGGACUUUACAUGUGCGUCAAUAGCUGUUUACUGUCUUUUUGUUGUGAGAUGAUGGUAUAUUGAUAUUGCUGCUAUCAUAAAAUAAUUAUAAACAUGAUUUAUCAUUUAUUUAUUAUUAUCAGGAAAAUACAAUCAGUGCUGGGCAAAGCAGCA